CGGCAGGCAGGCGGGGUCCCCCCGCCGCCCGCCCGCGCUGACGUCAGGAAACUUUCUGGGCGGCUGAGGCGGGAGCGGGCCGGAGCGGCGCCGUGUGCCGGCGCGGCGGGACGGGCUCCCUCCUUCACCUCGCCAGGUUAAAGUGGGGGGGGGGGGAAAAACCCCAAACCCAGAAACAUUGUUGACUGGAGAGACUUUUCAACAUGAAUCGUGCUUUCAGCAGGAAGAAAGACAAAACAUGGAUGCACACUCCUGAAGCCUUAUCAAAGCAUUAUAUUCCCUAUAAUGCAAAGUUUCUCGGCAGUACGGAGGUAGAGCAGCCCAAAGGCACAGAAGUUGUAAGAGAUGCUGUUAGAAAACUGAAGUUUGCAAGACAUAUCAAGAAAUCUGAAGGCCAGAAGACACCCAAAGUUGAAUUACAAAUCUCAAUCUAUGGUGUAAAAAUUCUAGAUCCAAAAACAAAGGAGGUCCAACACAACUGUCAGCUCCAUAGGAUAUCAUUUUGUGCUGAUGAUAAAACUGACAAGAGGAUAUUUACUUUCAUAUGCAAAGACUCAGAAUCAAAUAAGCAUCUGUGCUAUGUAUUUGACAGUGAAAAGUGUGCAGAAGAGAUAACUUUAACAAUUGGUCAAGCAUUUGACUUAGCUUACAGGAAAUUUCUGGAAUCCGGAGGAAAAGAUGUUGAAACAAGGAAACAAAUUGCAGGUUUACAGAAAAGAAUUCAAGAAUUAGAAACUGAAAACACACAACUGAAAAAUAAAGUUCAAGAUUUGGAAAACCAGUUAAGAAUAACACAAGUACAUGCGUCUCCACUGCUGCACAUAAAGUGUGAUAAUGAUGAACAUAUGUUUCAAAGACCCUCUACUUUUUUCUGGUGUAACAAUGAGGAUUCACCUCCUUGUUUAGAUAUCUCUUCCAUUACGCUUACUCCUAGGAGUUCUCCUGACUCUAGACUACCACCUGGAUUGUUAAUACCACCACCUUCAAAAAGUGGUCUUCCAAAGCCAACCAGUGAAUACAGCUGCCCAAGACCUCGUGUAAUCCUGCUGUGCAAAAGCUUUUCCUUUUUUCUUUUUUUUUUUUGGCUUUCUUUUGUUCUCUGUUGUGUAUUAACUUGUAUUAAAAAUGCACAUUUUGUACAGUGGUUAAAGCACAGAGUAGAUGUAUCUGAGAUUCUGUAGGGAUACUCUUAAAAUACGGAAUUUGUAAAGAUUUACUCGUAUCUCUACAUAGCUUUUUCUCUCCCACCCCCAAAACAUAAAUUAUUCUUUUCUCAAGAUGUUUAAAAUAGUCCAUUAAUUACCUCUGUGUUAUCUGUCAAUCUUCUGUUAAAAUUCUUUAUAUUAAGAAUAGUUAUUCAAAACUAUUCUAAAGGUCCGACUUCAAGGGCUUUCCCCCCCCCCAUGAAUUAAUAGAAAAGCAAUCAGCCAUUACAGACCUUUUAGCAUACUUUAUAAAAACUGUGCAAAAUGAAGGUUAAAGAUUAUUCUUAAAUACGAAACGGGCAUAGUGCCUGCUUUUUCAUAUUGAUAUGCUUAUACUUUCAACUUUUCUUCCAUUUGCAAGUAACAUUUGGCUGCAUUUGGCAAACAUCCUAGCUUUCUGCAUGCGUUCACUAAAUAAAAAUGCUUCUUGUGCUCAUAUGUAUUAAAAAUGUACAUUUCCUAAAAUAACUGUGGUUUUAUUUAAACUGGCUAUUAUCAGUGGUAUCAAAAUGGCCAGCAACUUCAACAAAAUGGCAUAGAGAAAGGAAAUGGCACUGUGAGCUGGGGGUUACUUUUUUUGCCUAAAAGACUCAUUUAAGUCUAAACAUAAACACUGGUUGUUUAUCUAGCUUCUGUAGGUAGCCAUGAACAUGUAGCAAGUAAGGAGAAUCUACGUUAGCAUUUACUGUCUCCAAGAUAUCCUAGGAGUAUCCGUCAGUGUUGAUGGGAAAUGUAGGUUAAUAUAUGACCCCUGUUAAACCUGAUGCCACCUUCCCGAUGCAGACAAAAACCGAUCUACAAUCGGGGAGAGUUUUGUUUGUAUGAAGAAAGGGAUACGAGAUUCAUUACAAUUGCUUUGGGUCAAGGACAUCCAUUACCCUGCUUUGAGUGGGAGCAGAUGCCAUCCAGCAGCCUCCCGGACUUAAAUGAUGCUGGUGCCCUGCCUGUGCACAACGGUGCCGGGAGGUUAAUGCCUGGUCGGUGAACGCAGGGAGGAGAGCCUGUUGUGUCUGAACACUGUGUGCUGAAACCUUUACACAACAGGUGAUCUGUGAAAUGGCAAAACUAAAUCACGUUGAGGUUAGUAAGAGUUCUCUGUGUGUAAAAACCUUAAAAAGCAGUUAUUUUAUGAAGUUAAUUUAGUUGUGGUCUUGCCAGAGAAUAACAUGACUGAAAGAAUAUAUUUUCUAAAAAAAUAGGCGGGGGGGAAAUGUGGCAUGUUAAAUGGAUUUUUUUUUCUUUUUUCUUUUCCUCCCUUGAUAUACAUCAGUAUACCUAGGCAGAAGCAUUCCAGUUUUAUUGAGGUACUGAACAGUUCUAGAUCUCUCUUAAUCCAAACUUAACAUAUGAAUUCAAAACACCUAAUAAAUAGGAAAUGUAGGAUUUCAGCGUCUGGUUUUCUCCUUGAACGGUGAGUGGAGGCACAGUGGAGGACUGUGGAUCAAUACAUUUUCCUUCUCGGCAGCCACAGCAGCCUCCAGGGAGAAGCAGAGGUAGAUCAGGGCUACCCAUAGACUUGCUUUAGAAAUCUGUGGCGUGUGCUGUCAGGGGGCAGCUUCCGUGGCUGCAGCAGAGGCACUAAAGAAAGGAGCAUUCCAAAAUAAGGUGUAGCUCUAUGAAACUCCCAGGGACCAGUAGUGCUAAAAACUACCGGCUUGCCAGGUUGUCAUAUUCAUGUAUUCUGGCUGAAAGUAUCCAUGUGACUAACUUAACUUGUGCUUAAGAUUUUUCGUAUGAAUAUUUUGGUCAAAGUGAGUCUUAUUUAACAGUAGCAGGCUUUCCCUGUGCCUGGCUCUAUAAUCUAUCUAAUACACAGAAUGCAGGGCUUUUUCUGUUGACUAAGUAGUAACAUUAGCAUGCAAGCUAGUUUUGCAUAUAUAUAUUUUGCCUUUGGCUUAUCGGUCUCAGUUUUAACCUAUUUCAUCAUCUGUCUUUAGUGUUCAGUUAUUCCGACUUGACCGUGCUUCGUUUGUGUCCUAAGCAGUGGACUGGUGGCAGGAGGAUGAAUUAUUAAAAAAUAAAUAUGGUUGUAGAACCAUAGUAGUUGUUGGGUUUGGGGCUUCUUUCCUUAUCCAGUAUUUUAACUCCUCCAAAUUCCUGGGCCUUACUAAUGAAAUAUUUUCUGUUUCACGUUCAAUGGUGAGAGUUUUAUUUUGGAUGUAAUAUUCAGUGUAUUGCAUGUCUAGGUUGUUACAGGUGAAAAAAUACAUUUGAAGCUUUGAUGACACCAGGUUUUUUAGGUUGUCAAGUAAGUGAACACUUAAGGAAGAAUUAGUAAACAGAAAUAUUGGGAUUGUAUCUCUUAACUUUAGCUUCUCGUUCUGUGCACCCCAGAGCACAGCAUAUUGUUGCUGCAGCAUUGUCUUAAAUUAGUCUUGUGAACAUCUGUGUUUGUGUGUCUGCAAUAGAGAACUGCGCAUCACCAGCUUUUUCAGGUUUAAUGGUGAUACAUUUCUGGCUGUACCAGAUGGACUGAAAAUGGGACAAUGACAAUGCUGGUUCGGUGUUGGAGAGUUUUAGCAUGACUCAGACUCUGAACUGCAAAUGCCAUUUGCUUGGUGUCAGGAGCUGGUUUUUGCAUGCUGAUGGUUAUUUUUAACUUUUUUUUUUUUUCAAAUGUGGC